CGGUUUUGCUGGUACAACAGCGCCACUUUUGAUAGUUAGAAGUUAUACAGUGAUUUGAAAAGAUUGCCGCGACGAUAGAGCCCUCAGCUAUACGUUGAAGAUGGUUCAAGACAGCGCUUUGAUUCGGCAGCAGGGUGCCCACAACUUUGAGGCUUAUUAUGACACUGUCUGUGCCAGGCAAGAAACAGUGCCUCUCCGAGCUGUUAAGAUGAACCUUGACAAAGGGAUGCUGGACUUUAAUGGAGACAGACUCAAGUUAACUGACUGGCCACCUAUUCUUCACUGUAUAUCUAUCAACAAGCACCUUCACCACAUUGCAAUAAGUAGCAUGUACCAAGCUAACCUAACUUCUGGAGAUGCAGCACCAGUUUUGGAUAGAAGGUACCAUAAGUCUACCUUCAGGAGGAGGAUCCCAGCCAUUCGCUCCAAGGAUAUGACAUUAAAGCUGUGCAAGGCCAUCAAAGAGUGUCUGACUGUCUCUCCCAGCCUCAAGACUUUGCACCUUAAUGGACUUCCACUGAGGCAGAGGGACCUCAUCAUCUUGACAAAAGGAUUGGCAAAGAGCUCUUCCCUAGAAAACCUAUCGCUAGCUAACUGUCCAAUCGCUGAUGUUGGCUUAGAGGUCAUUUGCCAAAGUAUUAAGUACUCUACAAGCAUCAGGACGGUAGAUUUCACGGGAUGCAGUCUUACCUGGAGAGGGGCAGAACAUGUGGCCAAUAUCAUCAAGUAUCAGGGGAUGCAAAGACAUGGUGCUGCAUGGGCAGAGUCUCUGAGGUAUCGACUACCACAGUUUGAGGGAAUGGGAGGUCUUCGUCGUGUCACCCUCAACUCUAACACUUUGAUUGGGGAUCGAGGAGCAGCUGCUCUUGCACAUGAGCUGACUGAGGACCUCUGGGUUAAAGCUGUGGAUCUGCAGAGGUGUGGUCUGUCCAACGAUGGAGCCCGCCGUUUGUUAGAGUCCUUGAAAACUAAUUCUUCUCUGUGUGUGCUGGAUAUCCGUAGUAAUCCUUUAGUUGACAAAGGUCUAAUUAAAACUGUAAUAGAGAAGGUGCUGAUGAAUGCUGAUGGACAGUCACCAGAGGUUAUACUGCAGUACUGCUGGAUCAAGCCUGCAACCAUAGAGUUGCAGAGAGUUUCUGGCCCAAAAAGAAGAGUGUUUCCAUGUACAGCCAAAGGAAAAGCUACAUUUAAUAUAGCUUCUCAUAAAGGAUCGUCUGCUGGAGGCUGGAGUUCAGUUGUUGCUCAGACAAAGAAGUCCUAUCCCCCCUCCCGUUAUGUACCUUGGCGUGCUGCUGCAAGAGCUGGUAGGCAGAGAGGUUUGCCUCCUGGUGUUACUGUGACCAAACAGAGCUUUCAGGAUGCAGUUACAGUAAAAGUUACUGUGGAGUCAGAUUCAGAGAGAGAGGAAGAAGAUGAUGAAGAGGAAGAAGUGGUGGUGGAAGUGGAUCAGAGACCCUCUUCUCUUCAUCUCCAGGACGUGAUAACAGGACGACAGCUUGAUCAUGUUCAGAUGGAGCUGAAAGAGUGUCGUCUGAGGCUGGCAGAAGAGCGCAGGGCAAGACUGAAAGCUGAAACAAGGCUCAUGGAGUUUGAGCUGGAGAAUGCCCGACUUCAAGAUGCUAACCGUUCCCUAACUGAAGCUCUUGCAGCCACUAGUUCUACAUCAGCACCACCUGCUUUCAGUGCACUUGAAGAUGAAGCGGUCCUUGAGAGCAUUGAAAGCUCCUUUACUAAGUUCCAUGCCUUCCUAGAUCUCCUCAAGGAUGCUGGCCUAGGUCAGCUAGCCUCGAUGGCUGGGAUUGAUAAUUCGGAUUUCCAGCCUCUGGGAAGACCUCAGCUCUCCUCUACAAUAGGACCACAUUUAGACGGCGCAGCAUCACAGAUCACAGGGGAGUUAAGGGAUGUUCAGACAAAGACUGAUGUGUCUUUGAUGGACAAUGUGGUGCCUAAUCGUCCUGGUGGAGCUGCUGAUACCUUCACUCACAGGUUUCCAACACCUCUCAGUGCAACUUUAAAUAGGGACAAGCAUGCAGACAUCACCUUCAGGGCUUCAGGACAUAUAGCAAACCCUGUUGGCAGUGGAGAACAGGAACCGCUUCAGUAUUUAAAGCCUGAUUCCCAGCUUGACUCAGGGUCUGAGCACAGUUUCAGCUGCCAAAAGUCCUUCAGUAAUGUUUCCUUGGAUAAAACCUUAAAGACUCAAUCAAACCACAGGAGAGGUGACACCAGUUCUCAAAGAAGCAACGAUUCCCAUGGAUACAGCUUCAACAGCUUCGUGUACAGUCAGACCUCCCACAGCAACAGAUCUCAUGAUGGUUUGUCUGAGAUUGUUAGUGAGAUUCUAAGUGACAAGGCAGAGUCUGUGGGAUCAGUAAAGUCAAGGAACAGUGGAAAAGGAAAGCUAGUGAUAGUAGGUCAGUCAGGGUCGGAGAGAGAAAUCUGUCCUAGAAGGGGUGUUCUAGAAAAAAUUGGAAUUGUGGAAGAUCAGUCAGAUGAUUCUUUCUGAUGCAAUCACUAUAGAAAUAAUCCAAAAACUUGGAUCUUUUCAUCUGGUUUCUUUGCUUUUUUACCUUGCUUUUUCCUUUUUUUCAAAGAUUAUUGAAGAUGUUUUUCAAUAGGGAUGUACUUUAUUAAAUUUAGUUUAAAAAUCUGCAGGGUUUUUUAGGUUAAAUGAGGAGCAAUCUGAAAUCUGGCUGUAGUCAUUGUAAAUGCACUGCUUGUUUUAUGUGUUCUGUCAUUUUUGUGGCUGUUUUUACACCACGUUUCUCAUCUUUAGGAAUACUGAUGAAGUUUUUGAUGUGUGUGAUCCUGUUAUUUUUGUUUUGAUUGUCUGCUCAUUUCUCAAAUUCUCAAAUUUGUUUUCCGUAAUAAACAUGUUUGUAGUUUGCA